CAAAAACAUAUUAGUUUAUAUACUUAUUAAACCAGAUAUUUCUCCUUAAAGAGCUCAAUUUCUUUUGAAUUUGUUUAAUAUUAAUAAAAAGAAUUUCACUUUACGAACUGCAAAUCCCGUUUGACAAUAUAAUUUUUAUAAAAAGUUAGCCAUGUGUAACACUUCUCAAAAGCCAUAGUAAUAUACAAUAACAUCGACUCCCAGUUAAGCACUAAAACUUUAAGAAUGGGCAAAGACCGUACCCAUUUAACUAAAUCAAAACCGGGAGAGUCUUCCAAGAGUAAUGAUCCUGUGCCCAAGGGACAUAAGCCAUUCCUCGAGUUUGCAAAAGGAUCCGUCCAAGUACUCACUAAGGAGGUAAGGGAAGAUCUGAGAACUGGUGUUGUUAAGGUGAUAAACACAGAUUCGCCUAUAAAAGUUUUGCUGGAGCAUGUUCGGUCGAAUACGUAUGCAGACGUUGCAGUCACCGUGAAGAACCACUCGUUCAUGUGCCACUCCCUUGUACUAUGUGCCCACUCAAAGCUGAUGGCUAAAAAAUUAAACAGUGGCAGCAUUUGUUUUAACACACCGAAGCUGUCCGCAAAGGGUUUCAGCCAAGCAUAUAAAUGGAUCACUUCCGACCAUUACAAUUUAGAUUGUACUGACUUUAUCGACGUUUUGAGAGCCGCAUAUUAUCUAGAAAUGCCCGAUUUGAUCAAGUAUUGCUGGAAAAUUCUGGAUAGUCCAAUGUUUAAUGAAGUCUCAGCGUUUAGCAUACUGUAUGAAAGUCGCCACGCUCCCGAAUUGUCAAAAGUUCACAAGCUAAUGGCCACUCGAAUCUCCCAAUCACUUAUGAGAGUGGCAGCUAGCCAUGAAUUUCUCUGCCUCAGUGAGCGGCAGGUAUGCAGCUUACUGAAAUCAAAUAGUCUGGCAGUCAACUCGGAAAUGGAGGUUUUGUAUUGCGCACUGUUGUGGCUCAAUCAUUUAUGGCCAAAGCGCCGUUCAUGCACUCAGAAGAUAUUAAAAAACAUUCGCUUUGGUUUCUUGUCACCCACCAUGCUGAGCAAGUUUAAGACACAGGAUCGAAACAAUAUAGGUUGCUUUGGCCCAAUUCUGACUGUGUUUAGUCAGCUCCCAGGCCUGGGACGUCUUAUUCAGGAUGCACUGUUCUACAGCAGUUUGAUAAUAACCUCUCACAAGGACCCAAAGUGCCUCGAAGAGAAUAUAGAGUAUAACCAGAUAAAGCUGAUAGAUCCUCGCCAGUGGAUAAGUGAUAGUAAAUGUGGAUACCAUCGUAUCGUUACCAGGAUGUGCCCAAAUAUGCGUUACGUAACCUUUCGACAAUUCAAAGAGUACCUGUAUCAUCAGCAGAACAUCAGAAAUAUGUAUGACAAGGCCAAGUUGUAUGCCGUAUGCAAAAAGAAAGAUGGGAUAGAAGUUGUUGAUUAUCUGAAUAAGCCACUUAGCGAAAAACAAGUGUUUUACGAAAGAUUAGCCAAACUGAGUCUUUCGCAGUACACGCAAGUUAUGAAUAACAACUUUAGCCCCUUAGCAAUCAAAAAGAAAAAGGCGAUGAAGAGUGAAGUAAUUCAAAUUACUGAAAAAAGCUCAAAUUCUUCGAGUUAGACAUUUAUAAUUCAUACAAUAAAAUUGAAUUUAAUCUAUAAUAUUCACAAGACUUUGUUGCUGAUGGACGUACGAAUGAUAAUCUGUUUAUUGUGGAACAAAGUAUUUCUAUUAAUAUAGGAAGUGCACAUUUCGUUAAUGUUA